AUGUCGCGACAGCAGCGAUCGAAAUUAAAAUGGACAGAGCAAAUGAAUACAGAUCUGCUAGAAUGUAAGAAGAAAGCGAUGGAAUUCCUUAAAUCGGAAAACCCGCCAUGCCAUGUGAACGGCAGAAAGAAAGGCUAUAUACGAGUUAUGAACGAUCUGUGGGACAAGAAAGGAUACGAACAUCUUGGAUUGAAGAGCCAAAACCUGCGAGAUCAAGCCGCUAGGCUUGAGAAAAUUAACGCUACAGCUGAGACUCGUCCUAUCGGUAAGGUAAGCGGCGGAGCGGUUAUCGAUGACGAAAGAGAGCAGACAUUAGACGAAAACCAGAGAAGGCACAACACGAUUUCACAACAUGAAUUUAGCAAUUUUGAAAAUCAAAACACCAUUAGUCAAAAUGCAAAUUUGGAGGUAAACAGCAAUCUGGAUUUGCAUACAGACAAUGAUAUUGUCCAAAAUAGUCACGAACGGCAAGAAACCGAAGCUGUAGAGAGCUUUGAAGUGGCCAAUGACUGUCCUGGUGAACCACACGCCGGCAUACAUGAAGCAGGACGUUUACCCGACUAUGUUGCUGUUGAUAUACCAUCGAUUACCAUCUGGGGACGCAGAGCGGACGGCUCAAUAAUUACGGUCAACUCGUCAACCAUAGUUAAUGCAUACGAUGAAAUUACGCGAUGGCGUAAAAAUACCUUUCUCGUCCCGUAUGGCAAAGUUGGGCGAGACUUUAUCGACCAGCUAACACAACAUAUAAACGAUUGGAACAACGCAUCGCAAACACAACACAUAGCGCUGAAAGCUGCAAUUGUUCUCUUGGCAACGGCACUGCAAAAGCCAAGCGUAAAAUCGAAGGCAAAAGAUCACAAAGAGUGCUUGGAAAAACGACUAACGCUAUGGAAAGAGGGAGAAGUCGAGAGCUUACUUCGUGAAGGCCGGUCCAUUCAAAAGCGUCUAGCAAAGGCUAAAAGGACGGAGCCUCCAAAUAAAGCGAAGAUAUUUGCCAAGUUGGUCAUGGAAGGUCAGAUCAAUUCUGCUUUGAGAUAUCUCAGUGAGGCUGAUUGUGAUGGAGUGUUGCCUUUGACUGACGACGUGAUGAGACAGCUUCAGGAGAAACACCCUGAGGCACAAGAGGCCAAACUUGGCUCGUUACUCUUCGGGCCAUUUGAGGAAGUGCACGAUUCGUUAUAUCAGCAGAUCGAUGGCGAAAUGAUACGCGAGACAGCAUUGCGAACCAAGGGCUCCGGCGGCCCUUCAGGAGUGGAUGCAAAUGGAUUCAAGCGUAUUUUCGCAUGUAAAUCGUUUAAGAAAUCAGGCGUGAACUUGUGUGAGGCAGUAGCAACAAUGACCCGGCGGCUAUGUACGGAAUACAUUGACCCGAGAACUAUCGAGCCUAUAUUAGCCAACAGGCUUAUACCUCUUGACAAAGGCGAGGGUGCGGUUCGUCCAAUUGGCGUCGGGGAAGUUAUCAGGAGGAUUGUCGGGAAAUGUGUUAUGAAAGUGAUUAAGCCCGACGUGAUUGAUGCCAGUGGCUCGCUACAGGUGUGCGCAGGUCUUAAGAGCGGAAGUGAGGCAGCUAUUCAUGCGAUGCACUCCAUAUUUGAAGCAGACGAGACAGAUGCCGUACUUCUGAUUGAUGCCUCAAACGCAUUCAACGCACUCAAUCGAGCGGCUGCACUCCACAACAUAACAGUUCUGUGUCCAUCUAUGUCAACUUACGCAAUUAACACCUAUCGCGAACCAGCUAGACUAUUUAUAUCUGGUGGAGGAGAGAUCAAGUCCACCGAGGGUACCACACAAGGGGAUCCCCUGGCCAUGGGGAUGUAUGCCAUCAGUCUUCAACCCCUGAUCACCGGAUUGAAUGUGUCAAGCAAUGUUAAGCAAUGUUGGUUUGCUGACGACGCAAGUGGCGCGGGAUUUCUGGAAGAUAUCAAGCGAUGGUGGGAACACCUGAAUGAAGCUGGCCCUAAUUUGGGAUACUUUCCAAAUGCUAAGAAAUGCUGGCUGAUCAUAAAGCCUGGAAAAGAAGAAAGUGCUCAUGCUAUUUUUGAUGGGACAGCGAUCAAUAUCUCUGCACAGGGGCAAAAGCAUUUGGGCGCAGCCUUGGGUUCUAUGGCUUUCCUGGAAGAAUACGUCAACGGCAAGGUAGAGGACUGGGUUAGCCAAAUCGUCAAGCUAGCUGAAUUCGCAGCGUCACACCCACAAGCCUGCUAUGCCGCCUUCACCUUUGGCCUCCGCCAUCGAUGGACGUAUUUUCUUAGAACACUUCCAGAUAUAGAAGAUUUACUGGAGCCCUUGGAGCGUGCUAUUGCUGAUGUCCUGAUGCCAUCAAUUACGGAUCAUCACUGUACUAAGAGUGAAAGGGAUCUCCUGGCACUCCCAGUACGAAUGGGCGGUCUUGGCCUUGUAAAUCCUAGACAGGAUGCAGCACUGCAGUACGAAACGUCGAUAAAGACCACAGCGCCGCUGGUAGAGAAAAUUAUCGCACAAGCCUACGAAAUUCCAGAUGACUCUGUUAUUCACACACUGCAGCAGAAUGCGCGAAAUGAAAAGAACGAAGUACUUCAGGCUAAACGGGAUGGUAUUAAGAACUCUCUACCCCCGAAAACACGGCGUGCUAUGGAACUAGCAACUGAAAAAGGUGCAUCCAACUGGCUAACAGUUAUCCCCAUUAAGGAAAUGAACUACAAUCUGAACAAGGGUGAGUUUCGAGACGCAGUAAAGCUGAGAUAUGAGUGGAAAAUUGCUGAUAAGCCAUCAGUAUGCGUGUGUGGCGAUACUUUCAAUAUUGAUCACGCAAUGAUCUGCAAGCGAGGUGGAUUCAUGAUACAGCGCCACAACGAGCUGCGAGAUCUUGAGGCUGAUAUGCUUAACAUCGUCUGUAAUGAUGUCGAGGUUGAACCCGUUCUUCAAGAGUUAACGGGCGAGGUUUUACCAAGAGGAGCAAAUACAGCAUCCGACGCUCGCCUAGAUAUCCACGCUCGAGGGUUUUGGGAGAAACAAAGGUCCGCGUUCUUUGACGUUAGGGUUUGUCACCCCAACGCGGAAUCCUACAAAGACCUGAGCCCUCAACAGAUAUACAGGCAACAUGGAAACGAGAAGAAGAGGAUGUAUGCCCAAAUAGUGAUGGAGAUAGAACACGGAACGUUUACACCACUAGUAUUUACAACGACUGGAGGUAUGAGUGAAGAGUGUAAGAGAUAUCAUAGCAGAUUGGCCGAGCUCAUAGCAGCGAAGAAAGGCGAAGACUACUCUACGACCAUGUCCUGGAUACGAGCCAAGGUCUCCUUUGCCAUCUUGCGGUCAGCUCUACUUUGUCUUAGAGGGACUAGAGCACCCAGGAGGAUAACUACGAACGUUCAAGAAACGGACUUCGAAGUAGACAAUUGGUCUGCCUUGAACAGGCCUUAAAGGCCUAGCUGCCUUUAACCAGUUGAUUAGUUUCUCAACUUUAUAUUGAGUUUGAAUAUGUAAUUGGAAAUUUUAAUAUUUAUCCUAGGGAAGCUUGUAAUUAUUUUAUAAUUGUUAAAUUGUAUAUGUAAUAAAUUAUUAUGCAUAGUCCAACAUUAUUAUUAUGAACAUUAUUAUUAUGAACAUUAUUAUUAUGAACAUUAUUAUUAUGAACAUUAUUAUGAACAUUAUUAUGAACAUUAUUAUGAACAUUAUUAUGAACAUUAUUAUAAACAUUAUUAUGAACAUUAUUAUUUUACUAAUAGAGUCCAUGUUUUUAAUUAUUAUUAUUAUUAUUAUUAUUAUUAUUAUUAUUAUUAUUAUUAUUAUUAUUAUUAUUAUUAUUAUUAUUAUUAUUAUUAUUAUUAUAUUUGGGAAAUGGAUCAUUUUGUAAUUAAAAGUGACAUUUUUGGGGGAUUUUUCAAUUCUAAAACUAUCCUUAAAAUUAUUGUGUUACCAUGACAACUACUUUCAAUACUUCUUAUUCAGAAAACAUAAUGGUUUUGUCAGUAAGGCGAGGUUUUCUGCAUGCAUGUAUUUUCUAGUACAUGAAGUAUAUAUAUCUAUAGUGAUUAUAAAAUGAAACACGAAACUUUAUUACAUGCAAAGGUAAAGGCACGUGCAAUGUCGUUUUCAAUACAACCCGGAUUAGAUGCGAUGGUUGUUUUCGAGGAAGUUAUCAAAAAAUUAAAUCCUAUAUCGUAA